CGGGCGUACUUGAUCACGGUGGACGAGGAUACCAAUGAGACACGAAUCGCUUCCCGGGGGACUUACGAGUUCAAAAUGCUGGAGGACGGCAGUGGUGCACAGUUAAGCGAGCCAUUUGAAGGCUGGGUCAGAUUCGCACGGUUGGGCCGGAAUACGGGAAUUAAAAACAAAAACAUGAUCUGCAAAGAAACCACUUCUAGCGAUUUUUCCACGAAGAUGAUAGACGCUACGCCCAGCAAGGACAACUGUAUUGACUAUUACGACAGCAGUGCGCCGGCCUGCUUGGAAAAUAUGGAAGUUGACGUCUUAGACAGCGAGGACGACGUGGGCAGGGUCACUUACACCUUCUCCGGUCCUGGUAUCACCGCAAAAAAGCCCCCUGCACCUGCUCGACACUUCAGCGCCGAGGUGCGAGGCACCUUGUCCGCGCCUUUUUCCGGAACCUUCUCCGGGACCCUCUCCGGAACGGUAG